UGAGUGGCGGACGAUGUAGGAGUAUUUCCGGAGUGAGCGGAAGUGCCGCUGUACUCUUCCAAAAGAACAGAAAGCCUGAGUGUGGGAACCGGGUCAUGGCUGAGGCGAGUCCGGAUCCCGCGCUGGAGGCCGAGGCGCUGGCCGCGGCCCGAGAGCGCAGCAGCCGCUUCCUGAGAGGCCUGGAGCUGGUGAAGCAGGGCGCCGAGGCGCGCGUGUUCCGCGGCCUCUUCCUGGGCCGCGCGGCCGUGGUGAAGCACCGCUUCCCCAAGAGUUACCGGCACCCGGCGCUGGAGGCGCGCCUCAGCCGGCGGCGGACGCUGCAGGAGGCCCGGGCGCUGCUGCGCUGCCGCCGCCUAGGGAUAGCUGCACCAGUUGUCUUUUUUGUGGACUAUGCCUUUAACUGCAUGUAUAUGGAAGAAAUUGAAGGUGCAUUGACUGUUCGAGAUUAUAUUCAAUCCACUAUGGAGGCUGAAAACACUCCUCAAAGCCUCUUGGGCUUAGCCGAGAGAGUUGGGCAUGUUUUGGCUAGAAUGCACGACGGAGACCUCAUUCAUGGUGACCUCACCACUUCCAACAUGCUCUUGAAACCCCCUCUGGAACAUCUGAACAUUGUGCUCAUAGACUUUGGGCUGAGCUUCAUUUCAGGACUUCCGGAAGACAAGGGAGUUGAUCUUUACGUCCUAGAGAAAGCCUUCCUCAGUACCCACCCCAACACUGAGACUGUGUUUGAAGCCUUCUUGAAGAGCUAUUCUAAUGCCUCCAAAAAAUCCAAGCCAGUGCUAAAAAAAUUAGAUGAAGUGCGCUUGAGAGGAAGAAAGAGGUCCAUGGUUGGGUAAAAGAAUGUGUGUGACAAUCACAUAUAGUGAGGCUUUUUUUUUCUGAGGAAAUUUGAGGACAUUAACGAAAUAAAGGAGCUGGGAUAUUUUUAAGUGAUCUGUGAUGAUGCUUACGUGUCAGUAAUCUGCAGUUCACUGUUGUUAAGAGUUUUCUGUGCAAAUAAGACAAGUUCUAGGCAGAAUUGGGGACUUAAAGGAAUCUAGGGCAGGCUUUCCCAUAUCUGUACUAGUCCUUUAACUCAGGGUUUUGUUUUUUGUCAUGUACAUGAUAUAUUUGAUUGAAACCAGUUUUGAAAGAUAUGACCAACAUUUAAAAAAUGAAAUAAAAUCUAGAAAAUAUCAGUGUGUUUUAUGAAACUUGCAAAGGAUCUGAUAAAAAAUACAGUAGAUUAAAAAAAAACUUUAUUAAAGCUGGGCAUGAUGAUAUACACCUGUAA